ACUCCGGCGUGCUCUCAUACCCAUCACAGACGGAGCAUCCCCGUCCUGCCGAGCGCUUCACACAUGCUGACAAAGCUGCGCCAGAAGCUGGGAUAUGGAUGCUCUCAGAGGAAAGGGAUAAGCCUGGACCAAGAGAAGAAACAGAGUCGAGAGAAGAGAAAGGAUUCCAUGAUCUCUGCCGGCGAUGCUGAGUUCCCGCGGGAUUACCACACCCUGGCUGCCAGCGGCGGCCGUGGGGCACGGCGCUUCCUGGACAACAGCAAUGGGGGGUUCACGUCGUCCUCACUGGACCGCAGGCACAACAAUGUGGCUGCUAAAAGCUUGGAGGCCCUGAACAGCAUGCACAAGGCGGACAUCGAGAGGCAGCGAGACGCCCUGAUGGACCUGCAGAAGAACAAGUACACUAACAGUCCAGGCAGCUUGUCUCAGGGCUCCACUGCUGCCGGCCGACAGCAACAACCAAACUACUGGAGCUUCAAGACCCGUACGCCCCGUGUGACCCGACUCAGCCCAACACAGCCGGCGCUCGCAGACCAGGCCAACAGGGUUUCUUUUGCCUCAGCUGAAAAUCUGGAGACCAUGUCCGAACCCGACGUCCCCAUCGGCUUCAACCGGAUGAACCGACUUCGGCAGAGUCUUCCGCUGGCUCGCUCGUCCAGCCAAGCCAAGCUGCGGGCACCAGGGAUCCUGUUCCUCCAGCUUGGAGAGGAGAUUCGCAGGGUGCACCUGACUCACGAGCUGACCAGCCUGGACACCCUGAGGGCCCUCAUUGUGCACAUGUUCCCCCAGAGGCUCACCAUGGCCAUGCUCAGGUCUCCCAGCACAGCGUUGCUAAUCAAAGAUGAGACCCGCAAUGUCUUUUAUGAGCUGGAGGACCCUCGGGACGUUCAGGACCGCUGCGUAAUUAAGAUUUACUGCAAAGAGCCCAUCUACGGCACUUACCCCGGACACCACAACCCCCACAUUGCCAACGGAGACUUGAGAAGGGAGAUGGUGCACGCACCCCAGGAUUCUCCGCCAAACCGUCGCCUUGGCAACCCCGCCAUGUCCUCCCAGCAUUCCUCCUCUUCUGCUUCACCUCCUCAAGGCUCGCCGUCCCGUGCUCGACUGCUCUACAGCUCUGGGAGACCCUCUUCCUACGCAGGGCCACCCCACCACACCCACUCCCUACCUCACCCGCACUCCCAGUCCCACCACUCCUCCCCCCUCCAGCAGCCCCAGCUCCACCAGCCCCAUCACACCCAGCCAGCAUUCUGCACCUCCUCCAGCGCCAUCCUGGAGCGCAGGGAUGUGAAGCCUGAUGAUGAGGUGGGCGGGUCCAGGAGCAUGGUGCUACUGCGAGGAGAUGGAGGUGGGAUCUACGCCGACCCGUACGCUCUCGGCCCAGACGCGAGUCGCCUGAGCCUCGCGGGAGGUCCUCACUCUCCUCUGCCAGCCAGAGCUGACCCUUAUGCCUCCUUAUACCGCCGCGGGGGCGGACCGGGUCCUGGAUCCGUUCGGUCACUAACCUCCUACUCUGCUGCAGCGUUACAGGGGGAGUUGAUGGAGAGCGGUGUUCUCUACAGGCCUGGAGGGCCGCUGUAUAGCGAUGCCUACACUGCAUCCAUGUUGGCUAUGGGUCUGAGGGUGCCACCCCCUUCUUCCCCACAGAAGAUACCCGAUAUGAGGGAUUCCUAUGGGGGGACCAUGUCCACGCGGGGGUCACCAGGGAGGCAGAGUUUGAGAAGGGACUCUGUUACCUCCUCUGUGUUUGGGGACAGCCCUAAAGCCCGGGGCCAGGGGCCAGGGUUGGGUCUGACAGCAGAGCAGCUCUGCCUGAUCGGAGGAGGGGAUGGAGGCGGCGGUACUGGAGGCUUCGGUUCACCACUAAUUGGGAAUGAGUCAGAGACCAGGGAGCGAAUGGAGGCGAUGGAAAAGCAGAUAGCAAGUCUGACCGGGCUGCUACAGAGAGUUCUGACCAGAGCGCCCGAAGCUGAAAGUCCGGAGAAGCUUGAGACGGCCAGUGACUGUUCAGGAAAUGACCCUGGACAAACUAAAAAAAAGAAAGCUCUGACACCAUCUGCUCCCCUGGCCCUGAUGCCGCCUCCGUGUUCGGGGGCCAACCAGCCCGUGGCCGUGUCCCGUAUGCAGAUGCAGCUCCACCUCCAAGGCCUGCAGCAGAACACCAACGCCCUGCGCAAGCAGCUGUCGCAGCUGCGCAACAUGCAGCUGGAGAAUCAGGACUCCGUUCUAUCUCUACUGCGUCAAACUGAGUCUGAGCUGAGUCUCAUGAUGCUGGACGCCAUGCGACCCCAGGAGGACCCACUCCAGAGACAGCGCCUCUUAGUGGAGGAGGAGAGGCUGAAGUACCUGAACCAGGAGGAACUGCUCAUCCAACAGCUGCAGGUGUUGGGUUUUGGUUUACCUUACAGUGAUCUGGAGAAGUCUGUUGAGGAGCUGCAGAGGAACUCGUCGGUGAACCACGGCCUUGUGACGGAGCAGGAAGUGGAGCAGAAGAGCAAAGAGCUGAGGAUGUUGGGAGAGACUCUGACCGAACUCAAAAACCAGUUCCCCAGCCUGCAGAGUAAGAUGCGAGUGGUGCUGAGGGUGGAGGUGGAGGCUGUUAAAUUCCUUAAAGAAGAACCUCAACGCCUGGAAGCUCUACUGAAACGAUGCAACACCAUGACAGAUGCUCUCAGCACGCUUCGCAGACAAGUCUCUGAAGGUGUGUGGAAGACCCCUGAGGACCUCUCCAGCCAAUCGUUGAAGAGAUCAGAGGACCUGAGUCGCAGCUCCACCCUGGAUAUCCUGAACAGUCCUCCUCUCAGCCUCAGUGACCUGAGUACCAGCUCUGGUCUGGCCAACUGGAUGCCCAUGUCCUCCUCUGCCAGCGAAGCUGACACCUCUGGUCCCGAGCAGGACGUCCAGUCCUCCAUGUCUUUCAGAAACCGAGUCCUUGAUGAGCUGCCAAGCCGGCGUCCUGCAGACAAAGCUGUGUCUGCCGAAGUCAGACUGGCGGCUGAGCGGGACUGGGAGGAGAAACGUGCCAGUUUGACCCAAUUUAGUGCCCAGGACAUCAAUCGCCUGUUGGAAGAGACCCAGGCCGAGCUGAUGAAGGCCAUUCCAGACCUGGACUUUGCUGCCAAGCACAUAAACAAACCGGCAGUGCCCCCUAAACCCCAGAUAACUCUACCAAUAACCUCCACCACAGCUACUGCUCCAGCUGGAGGGACCACAGGGACCACAGCCACCGCCACCACCACCGCAUCCAGCGGGGACCAGCAGCCUGGCAAAGUGCAGCUGGCCGCUCAGAAGCUCAACAGCAUGGAGAGUGGCGGUUCACAUCGAGGGUCCGUGGACCUAAGUGUUGCCAGAUACAAAACCGAAAAACCUUCCAAGUCUCCUCCCCCGCCUCCCCCUCGCCGAAGCUUCCCAUCGGCUCACGGCCUCACCACAAACCGUACUGGAGACGUGAUUGUCACCAGCAAGAACCAGAAGAUGGAAGAAGAUGGUGACAUGCCAAAAACUCUGGUAAAGCUGAGACGGACUCCGUCAGACGCCCCCCGACCGGCCUCAACUCCACCUGUAAUCGCUGCCUCAGCCAUUCAGGACGAAGACGAUGAAGAGAAGAUCCUAGCCGAACUAGAGAUAUUUCAGAGAACACCUGUUAAAGAACUCCCCUGUAGUAAAAAGAGCAGCAGCCAACCAAAAGCCACCCCUCCAUGCGUGUUUGGGUCGCUGGGCAGAAAGAACAGCAGCAACUCACCGGGACCAACGAAGGGUCCGACCGUCGCAGCCCGACUCAAGCACCUUCAGCAGGGCAGCCUGGAGAGACCCAAAACCCGCAAGCAGAAAGAGGAUUUCCCCAAAGUCCAGGGCCAGCAGCAGGUAUUCCACUUCUAACCCCUCUGACGCUCCGCCUGCCCCUCCUCUCUGCUGUCACUUCAGAGGAAGCUCCGCCUCUUUGUCCCAGAAGACUCUGUGAGGGAGCGCCAACUGAUUUUCACUUCCUCUUCUUGUGUGUUUUUAUUUUUUUAUUUUUUUAUUAAUUUUUUUGCUUGGUUGGAUUUGGACGAGCUUGUUCAGACAUCAAGUUUUUGUCCAGCAUGUUCGCUUUUCUGCCGACUAAUCUAAAUUCAGUCAGAAAAUCCUGAUCAUUUAGUCGAGUCUGUUCAAACUGUUGCCUUUCAACAGCUAGAAAGCUACAGCCUGUUAUGCAAGAAGAUUUCAGUGAGGUUACCUGAACAUGAGUUUAUUUAAUGUAGGCAACAAAAUUGAAAAGCAGCCGAAAGAGCAAAGCAGACAUGCAAAAAACAGAAUGCACACGGAGGCACAAAAAUAGGCAGGGUCGGUUAGAAUUUUAGAAAUAAUUUUGCGUUUUUUAUAUAAAAAAAAAAGAUACAAAACAUCUAUAUAAAUGUAUGUCUUUUCAGGAUUUUUUCUUAGGCUGAUUUGACUGUUUGUUUUUACUGGCUGGAAUUACCUCAUUUAAUCAUUUCUCCUUAAAGCCACUCUGGCUGUCAGUUUUUCCUGAAAAACAUCUUCAGUUUAGUUUUUGUCCGGUCAAACAAAAAAGCUUACCCUUUAUUGAUCAAGAUAAAAAGGAAAAUUCUAUAUUUUUACGUUUUCCGGAAAUAAUUAAACCUCCUGCUAACCCAGUAACAAGAACUGAGCAUCCUGGAGUCAAAACAAAUGUCUUCAAUAAUGAAGCCCUGCAGGAGUACAUCAGUCAGAUUUUACAGUCCCAUUAUUGCAUCUGUUCCUGUUGCAUCAUCUUCAGGGGGAUCUCGUUCAAUUUGAAUAUCAUCAACUGGUUUAUUUAUUUCAGUAAUCUGCUUCAAAAAGUCAAACUCAUGCUGUAGAUUAAUUACACAGGGAAUCAUGAGGUUAUUUAUGCUGUACAUUUUGACGAUUAUGGGUUACUGAUAAUGAAAACCCCAAAUUCUAUAUUACACGAGACUAAUAAAGGAUUUUUAAUGAGGGGCCUAUUGUAGAGUAUGUCCAUGCACUGCGUAGUCCAUGGUGUGAAUUGUAAGUCUGGCCAGUUUGCCAGCCAAACAAGCAUAGUGAUGCCUCAUUUAAAGCAGAUAAUGGGACAUUUGGCAGUGUGGGCAGGUGCUAAGUCCUGCUGGUUAAUGAAAAGUUUUUCAUCAGAAAGAAGAAUAAAGUGCUUUAAAAUUUCCUGGUAGAUGCCUGCACUGACUUUGGACUUGAUCAAACUCGGUGGACCAACAGUGUUAGGUGAAAUAGAGCCCUAAAUCAUCACUGACUGCUGAAACUUCACACUUGACUUGCAGCAACUUUGAUUUGGCGCCUCUCCGUUGUUCCAGCAGAAUCUGGAACCUUGAUUUCUGAAUAAAAUGCAGACUUUGAUUUCACUCAAAGAAGAGGACUUUGCAGCACUGAGCAACAAUCCAGUCUUUUUUGGGCUAUGCUUUACAAGUAAUCAGUACUGCAGUUUUCCUGUUCUUUGUGCACGUUUUUUUCUAGCGCACUUCUUCUUUCCACUUAACCUUCCAGUAAUAUAUGUGGAACCAGCUCUCUGUGAACAAUCAGUUUUUGGAGCCACGAUAUUUGCGGCUUAUCCUCUUUGUGGAGGGUGUUAAUGGCUUUCUGCAACAACUGUCAGGUCAGCAGUCUUCUGGAUAUAAAGUCCUUGUGAAAUACUCAAAAAUCCUGAGUAACUAAAUAUUGGGUUUUCAGUAGCUGUAAGAUCUACUCAAGAAAAUUACCAUAAAUAAAUGCUGAAAAUCCCUGUGUGCAACGAAUGUUACUGACAAAAUAAUGAUAUCCCCACCAUAAACAAUAAUACGAUGGUAAAACUAUUAAGGUACAAAACCUGAUCUGAAAAAUACUGUUGAGGAUAUGAAUGCCGUUGCAUUCAUCCUGUCUGGAAUCAUGGACAGCAGUAAGUCUUUGAAAAGGAAGAGCCGCUGAUAAACACACAGCUUUUUGAAAACAGAGGCUGGCGUAUGAAUGGAUGAAUCCUGAAUCGUAUCUGCUCCUUCAGCCACAGCAGGCUGCUCCCAACCCACUAGGUUUCUGAGAGAGAAGCGUACAAAGCACAUCAAGCUGGCCUCUUUAAGCGUUUUCAAUCAUCCUCAGUAGGGUAUCCGUAUAGAUUCAGAGGACCUCAGCACACAGAGUUUAUUUCUGAAACAUAAAACAGCUCACAGGUCUGUAGAGUCGCGAGAGGACGGAGUCUAUUUAGCGUUAAAUUACAGCCAAGCUGACACAAGAACGUUUUCUUAUCUCCCUACAUUCAGAACUGCUUGAUGUAGGGAGAUAUCAGUCUGAGUUGAAAUCCACUCAGCCUGAUAACAAGCCUUCAAAAAUACUUUAACCACAGGUGUGGUAAUGAUGCAAUACUUAAAACAUUCCUAUACUCUAGCCUGUCCAAGCAGAACCAAAUUAUAAUAAUUUUACAGAUACUCACUUUCAGUUUGUUCUGUUAGUCAUGCUUAAGCAAGAUGGCUCAAGACAAUCAAGAUCUUAUUGACGUCUUACACCUCCAAAAGAAUCUAGAAUUAAUGUAAAUUGCUUCAAAACCAUAUGAGUCUACGAUUUUUCUUCCUUCAAAAAGAAAAAAAGUUGCUCAAAAGCCACAUUUGAAAAGCGCAGUAAUGUGCAGAGCUGUGCAGAAACCCAAAACAAACUGCACUGAUGCAUUUUUAAUGUUGUUGCUCAAUGUGAAAUUGGAGACAUGCCUUCAAUGUGAAGGAAACUAAAACACUUUGUGGGGACGAGGUGUAGUUCAGACUCACAAAAGAGCUCAGGAGGGUUUUAUCUAUUUAACCUAUUAGAUGUUACAUAAAGUGUAUCAAAUUCAUUCAUUUAUAGGCUUUAAUAGCUACUGUCAGUAGUUCUUACAAUUGUAAACCUAAUCACAUUUAUCAGGAGCAGAAAGUUUAAAGGACAGAAUUAAAAUAUUCCCAAAAUACGUUUUUCAUAUUUGCCGUUCACCAGUUUAAUUUUGUCUCAAAUGAUUUCUGGAGCUGUAAAAUAAUUUCGGCCCAGUUUGUAAUGGCUGAAGUAAUGUGUUUCUGUCACAUUUGUAUCAUAUUCUUUAGCAUUUUUAACAUAAAAACUAACAAUUUCUGCUCCACUGUAUCAAAUAGGCGAUGCAUUUUAAAGUUUCACGUUUCCUCAUGGUUUUCAUCCUGAGAUGGCAGCAGAUGCGCCGGCCCUCAGGUGAUACAGCAUCACUACACUCCGUAGAGAUGCUGAUGCUGGGUUGAACAUCAAAUUUAAUUUGAUGCUCAGCUCCAGUUUGAGCUCAAAAUGAAAGGAAAGGUUGCACAGUGCCUUCCAAAGGUAUCAGUAUAUCCAAGCUUUAACGUAAUUUAUUGGGAUUUGAUGUGACGGAGCAAGGCAAAGUAAAGUACGGCUGAGAACCUGACGGAAAGAGACAAAUAUAACCCGAUGAGUGGCUUGCAUUUGUAUUCAGUCAACUUAAAUCCAAUAUACCCAUAAAUAGAAUGCUGUGCAUCCAGUUUCCUUCAGAAGUAAUAGAAUUGUUAACAACAAUCCACUUGUGUGUGGUUUUAUGUUUGUAGAAAUCCAGCUGUUCUCUGUAGGCGUCAGAGAAUGGUAGAGCAACUAGCAUCUCCAUUGUUGUCAUUGAUGGAAACAGAUAUUUCAGUAAUAUUUAACCCUCUAAACGAUACGUUUUUAAAAACUUAACAGAAGGCCGUUGAAAUGGGAUGAAGGAGAUGAAACACAUCGAGCGGCUGAUCAUUGCCUGGUGUGUGAGUGAGAUAAGACUGAGAACAGAGAGAAGAAGAAAGGGAGCAAAAAAGGGCAAAAGCACAAAAUAUCCAAACAAUGUUUGACUCUAGCUGAAUUACUUGAUUAGGUAUUCGCCCAUUCUGAUUCAGGUGGUAAUAUUUACUCUCUGACGUGUGAAUUUCAAGUAUCAAAUUGUAAUAAUCAUUACUAUUAAUACGAUAAUUAAUUACAUUCGACUAACUUAACUGAAUUAUUCAGUAUAAUUUAUGCAGUGCUGAUAAGGUUGCAGGUGUACAUUUUACAGUUAUACCUUUCACUUGACCUUUGGUGUGUUCCCCCCCAAAAAAUUUUCUUGAGAAAUCUGUUUAUUAACACUUCACCCCCAACAAUGACGGUGAAUUUCCGCACCUGGUCUGAAGAAGACAGGCAAAAA